AUGUAUGAUCGGGCUCCCCGCUUCCUCGGAUUGGCUGAGGGUGGCAGCACUGAGGCCCAUGUAGGUCCUGGAUCCUACCAGGUACCUUUCCUGAAGCAGCAGGCAACAGGUGGCUAUGCACCAUUUCUUUCUUUGACUGCCAGAGAAAGUGCUUUUACUGUUGCCUCUAGCACUGAGAAAGCUUUUCCAGGUCCAGGACAUUAUAAUGUUUCAGAAGCACAGUUUAAUAUAAAAGGAGGCUAUAGUCUACAAAACCGGGAGAAACGUUUUAAGAAGUUUAUUUCAGAUAAUCCAGGACCAGCAAGCUAUGAUCAGUCUUAUGCUGGAACACAAGAUAUCAUGAACAGAAAAAAAAUUUCAACAGCACCUGUGGUUACCAGAAGUUUUGAUGUUCCUUCAAUUCCUUCUUAUGGACAGUCAUAUGGUUAUCAUAUUAAUGAGGAUGGCAGUAUUAUAAAACGCUUUCCACCUGCUAGUGACCCUACAAUAGGUCCAGCAUAUUACAAACCUCAAUUUGAUGUUUCCAAUGCAACUUUGAAAUACAAAGGUAUACAUUUUGGCAAUUCUCUGGGAAGACAAGAGUUACCUAAAAAGUCAGGUCCUGGUCCUGGACAGUAUGACAUAGAACAGGAAAAGACAUUACAUUAUGAAAAUAUUAAUAUCAAGAAAGAUCAACAGCAAAAUUAUUGCUCAUAUAUCCCACGAUUUUAUGACAUAAUAAUAUUGCAGGAGGAGAAAAAGGGAGUACCAGGACCUGGAAGAUAUGACAUUAAAAGUCAGUUUCAGAAGACUGAAAAUAUGACACCAAAUGUAAACAAUGCCUCCCCUGCUUUUCUUUCUCAAUCCCAGAGAUUUGUAUCUAUGAAAUCAAUCACCCCUGCUCCUGGCACAUAUAAUGAACCUCAAAAUGCUCUGAAGUCCUUGAAGAAAACAUUAGGACUGAAAAAUACCCCAUUUGGUCAAAGUGCUCCUCGAUUCACAAAGGACUCCAGGACAGAGGAAAUGCCAGGUCCUGGAUUUUAUAAUAUCUUAAACAAUACCAUAAUUGCCAAUGUUAGAAAUAUCUGCUGGAAGAAACAAAAGAAAAGUGCAUUUGGUUCUUCUGUUCCUCGGACUUUCUUCAUAGUUCAGAAAGAAACUUGUACUACUCCUGGGCCUGCUGAUUAUCAGGUCGGUGGAAUUUUUGAUGAAUUACCUAACUUGACUAAAAAAUAUGCUGCUUUCUUGUCAAGAAAAGGAAGAACUACUGAAGUACCAGAUAUGGUUAUUCCAGCACCAGGCAGCUAUGAUGUUCAAAAAUCAUAUGAAAUGUCUCAAGUUAAACAUAAAUACAUGCCACCUCGUAGUUUAAUGGCUAAAAGAAAACAUGCCUCCUUUCUUAGUGCAACUCCUCGAUGCCUGGAAAAAGUGACAGAUGGGCCAGGGCCUGCAGCGUACAAUCCUGUUUUAAGGAAAUCUUGCCCCAUACCGAUAUUUGUUAAAGCAUCAAAGCGUUUUGAAAAGUCCAAAGAGAUUACUCCUGGCCCAGCAACAUAUGAGGUUUGUUAA